AUGCCUUGUGAGUUUGUGAAGCAUUUUGAUCCGAUUUAUCCCAUUAUUGUUGGCGGUUUGUCGGCUAAUGAAGAGAAUCUUGGAUUUAUUCGAGUGCGAAUAAAACGCCAUCGUUGGCACAAGAAAAUUUUAAAGACAAACGAUCCGCUCAUAUUCUCACUUGGAUGGCGUCGAUUCCAAGCAAUGCCUGUGUACUCUCUAAGCGAUGGAACACGGAAUAGAAUGCUAAAAUAUACCCCGGAACAUAUGCAUUGCACAGCGACGUUCUACGGUCCUAUACAUCCGCCGAAUACGGGUUUUUGUGCAGUGCAAUCUGUAUCUGGGCAGUCAUCUUUUCGCAUAAGUGCAACGGGUGUUAUUCUUGAUAUCAAUCACUCUGUUGAAUUAGUCAAGAAACUAAAAUUGACUGGCACGCCUUACAAGAUAUUCAAGAACACAGCCUUUAUAAAAGAUAUGUUUAAUUCUGCUUUAGAGGUAGCUAAAUUCGAGGGAGCUGCUAUACGAACAGUAUCUGGUAUUCGUGGACAAGUGAAGAAACCUUUGCCGAGAUCAGAUGGAUUGUUCC